CUACGAUUGACGUAACUUCUACAGAGUGAUCAGACUAGUCGUCAUGAAGCAUCAAAUACGAUCUCAUUCGCUCAUCAAGAUGUUAACCGUCCUAACCGCUAUGGUUAGUGUAGCGAAUGGACAUGGUCGGUUACGAGAUCCUCCUUCACGUUCCAGUGCGUGGCGAGAUGGUUUUAAAGUGCCACCCGACUACAACGACACGGAAGGAUUCUGCGGUGGUUAUGAAAGACAAUGGUUGGUUAACAAAGGGAGAUGCGGAAUUUGCGGAGACCCGUUCGACGAAAUAAUAAAACCACACGAAGCCCCGGGUGGAGUUUUCGCCACCGGUACGAUAACCCGCACCUACACCGAAGGACAGGUUAUACCCGUUAAAAUUGACAUUACAGCUUUGCACAAGGGGUUCUACGAGUUCAGACUUUGCCCCAAUAAUAACGUGAGGCAGGAUCCUUCUCAAGAGUGCUUCAAUAGGAAUGUGUUGUCUUUCGUCAAUGGUCCUCCUUUCACGAAGUUCGAUGUGUCGGGAUUGAAAUCAGGGAUCGAUUUCAACGCUCGUUUGCAACUUCCACCAGGAAUCACGUGCACCCAGUGUAUACUUCAGGUGCAGUUUUCCAACUUGAUCAAAUGGACUUACACGACAGGCAACCGAUGGGGAACUUGCGCUAAUGGCACCGGAGCCUUAGGUUGUGGGCCGCAGGAAAUGUUCCGAGCCUGCGCCGACAUUAGCAUUUUGCCUAGAGGAGGGGAACCACUUCGUUCACCCAGUGCAGGCGUCGCCGCAACUACCACAGUACUGACUCCAAUUACUCCGCAACCAACUACGACAACGAUGAUACCCGUGACUCCAUUACCCCCCACGACCCCACGAACAACUGUGCCUGGAACUCGGGUUCCCAUUACGAUGACGCGACCUCCCAUGACCCGCUUACCUUUCCCGUUUGAUGAACCUCCCACAACGACAUUGCCUACCCCAACGGUACUGCCCCCCACUACCGCGUUGCCUUUGCCAGCGUUGCAGCCUCCCACGAUGACAUUAUCUCCCACGUCGGGUCCAACAAUUGGAAGCGUCAUAUGUACCAGUUACGUGCCUGUACCUAGCCAACGAGCUUUGGCAGGCAUGGUAGAUUGGUGCAAUACCAAUUGUCGGCUUGGCUACUGUCCCCCGAGCUACUGCAUUUGCGUCCGAUAG